AUGCCUCGUAAAGCUUCGAGCUCCGUUAGCAGCAUCAUCGACACCCCGAAGCGUGCAACUGUGAGGACGACGAAUAAGAUCGUGCAAUUCUUUGCGUCCUCACAGAAGCCUUCGCCGGGUGAGACUAAACUCUCCAGCUCCUACCCUGGUGCACUUCCGAAAAGCGCCCCUAGUAUCUCCCUGCCGACCAUCUCCUUAUCAACCGCUACCGGAGAACAUACCUCGGAAGCACCAAUGGUUGUUUUUUCGCCGGAAGAAGCUCGUCGGACCGCUAGGAAGCAUGCACAGUUCGGACCUCUCUUGCAUUCGAGCCACAAAUAUGUCAGCCAACAUAACGAUGGUGGAGAGCUCGAGGAGCCCAUAGAAGAUGAACCUCCGUACUUCAUCAUGUUCACCACCUAUUUCUCUUAUCUUAUCCUUAUCAUAUUCGGGCAUGUUCGGGAUUUCUUCGGCAAGCGAUUCAGGAGCAGCAAGUACACCAAUCUUAAAGCUCAAAAUGGUUAUGCUGCAUUAAACAGCGAUUUCGACAAUUUUUACGUUCGAAGACUAAAGAAGAGACUCGACGACUGCUUCAGCAGGCCAAUCACUGGUGUUCCCGGCCGAUAUAUCACACUUCUCGGGCGUGAGAGCAAGGACUACAAUGACACCUUCAACAUGACCGGAGAAAAGAUCGAAACUCUCAAUAUGAGCUCCUACAAUUACCUCGGAUUCGCACAAUCCGAGGGUCCCUGUGCUGAUGCUUCUGAAGAGAGUAUCCGCAAGUAUGGUGUCAGCGCUGCCGGAACCAGAUCUGACGGCGGUACCUUGGAUCUUCACGUGGACUGUGAGGCUCUUAUUGCCCGAUUCGUCGGAAAACCGGCUUCGAUCCUCUACUCUAUGGGUUACGGUACAAAUGCUUGGAUCUUCUCAUCUUUGGUUAGCAAGGGGUGUCUUAUCAUCUCUGACGAACUCAACCAUGCUUCCAUUCGUACCGGCGCUCGUGCUUCUGGUGCCAUGAUUGAUAUGUUCAAGCACAACCACAUGGGCGACUUGGAAAACAAGCUUCGCGAGUAUAUCUCCCAAGGUCAACCACGAACCCACAGACCAUGGAAGAAGAUCCUUGUCGUCGUCGAGGGUCUCUACUCCAUGGAAGGUACCAUGUGCAAUCUCCCUGCCUUGGUCAGACUUCGAGAGAAGUAUGGAUUCUAUCUCUUCGUCGAUGAAGCUCACUCCGUCGGUGCUUUGGGUCCCCGCGGCCGUGGUGUCUGCGAUUUCUUCGGUGUUGAUCCCCGCGAUGUUGAUAUCCUCAUGGGUACUCUUACCAAAUCCUUCGGCGCUAAUGGUGGUUACAUCGCUGCUGAGAAGUGCAUCAUCGAUAAACUCCGUGCCAUCAAUGCUGGUGUCCUUAUGUCUGAGGCUCCCGCCCCCGGUGUCGUUACACAGAUCACCUCUUCCCUGAAAAUGAUUACUGGAGAGCUUAACACUGGCGAAGGCGAAGAGCGUCUUCAGCGUCUAGCAUUCAACUCCCGUUACCUCCGCCUUGGUCUUAAACGUCUUGGAUUCAUCGUUCUUGGCCAUGAUGACUCCCCAAUUGUUCCUCUUAUGCUUUACAACCCCGCCAAGAUGCCAGCUUUCUCGAGAGAGAUGCUUAAACGCAAGAUCUCAGUCGUCGUCGUCGGAUACCCCGCCACUCCACUAGUCAGCUCUCGUGUUCGUUUCUGUCUGUCAGCAGCGCAUAACAAAGACGAUCUUGAUAGAUUAUUGAGAGCUUGUGACGAGGUUGGUGAUGAAUUGGACUUGAAGUUGUCGAGUGGUAUCGCUGGUGGAGCUAUCCCUCUCCCCGAGGGGGUGACACCGGAGAUGGAAGCUGAGAGGAUUGCAAAAGGUGGAAAGGUUGCUGCGCCCAGGUGGCCAGUUGAGGAGGUUAUCAAGAGGGGUGUUCAAGAUACCAAACUGACCCUUAGGUAG